AUGCAGGAGGAUAACCCAGAGUUGCGCAAACUCACAGAGAAAGCACGCGGGCGUCAGCAGUUUGUUUAUGAUGGCCGGACUGUCUACGAGUGGGAGCAGAAUAUAGAUGAGACUCACAUCUACAUACAGCCCCCACCUGGCGUGACGAAGCAUCAUUUGGAUAUCAAGAUCGAGCCAAGACAUCUUCGUGUUGGCAUCAAGGGCAAUCCUCCCUUUCUCAACGAGGAUCCCUUCAGUUUGGUUGAGACUGACAGCUCCUUCUGGAUGAUCGAGGAUGGGGAGCUGCACAUCCAGCUGCAGAAGGCCCACAAGGGUGAGACCUGGGCAGCAGCGCUGAAAGGCCAUGGCCAGCUGGACAUGUUCUCUGAGCAGGAGAUCAACAAAAAGCUCAUGCUGGAGCGAUUCCAGGAGGAGCAUCCCGGCUUUGACUUUUCUGGGGCUUCGUUCAGUGGCCAAGCCCCAAGUGCCAGAACCUUCAUGGGCGGGAUCCACGCGGAUCCGCAGUCUCUGAAGUAG